AUAAUCCAAAACUUGAUUGGUAAGAUAUUAGACAGACGUAUUGGGGGUCUUUCUGGGCAUAAGUAGUUGAUUGGUAUAUGUUGUUGCCGCUAUCCGAUGGCGGAACUUGGUAGUACUGUCGGAUAUGGACUCGGAUAGCAGCUGAUUUUCUUACCAUCACUCUGCUUGAGAAUACUACUGCAUUUACUAUCAGACAGCCUCUAGAAUAUAGGGGAUUAUCAACCGUACGCUACGGGCUCGGUUAAAGGCAGGUUGAAUAGGGAGUUGAUCUAAUUACUGUCUCUAAUCAACCUCCCACACGUGGAGCAGGCACAUCUCAGUUGUGUACCUCCGACGACGCCUGAGCUCAAAUGACGGACCAGUUUGCAUAUUCGUAUCCCUCGCCGUUAGAGGGAUAUGAGAACCUAGAACCGCUAUCUGAAGAGAGAAACGAGGAUGGAAAGUCCCUAAAAAACCCCCAACAUGGGAUUCUGAGUAAGGCAUACGAGGAGUUCCCGGACCCUCUUACCAAAGGUCGUCGUGGGGGCUUCGAUAUCCAUAUCUAUCACUUCCAGGACAAUCCAGAUCAGGUCGCUUUUGCGAGAGCUCUGUGGGAGAGGAUCAGGCGUGAAUUUCCCGAGUUACGAAUUUAUCAGUUCUUCGACAGACCGAUAGGGCCUCAUCCAGUGGCCAUGUUCGAAGUUAACCUUUUCACUCCUGCACAAUUUGGUGCCUUUGUGCCCUGGCUUGUUGUCAAUCGGGGACCCUUGAGUGCACUGAUCCAUCCGAAUACGGUGGAAACCGAAGAAGAGCGUAAUCACACCCAACGUGCUACUUGGCUGGGUGAAAGAAUACCUCUUGAUCUGCGGUUAUUUAAGUUGAUGAAAGAGGCGCAGAAGAGAAAGGAGCUUGAGGCGGAGAAGAAGGCGGCAGCAGGGGAGAAGUUAUGAUUUUGGUUCUCUGUUGAUCCGUGCUCACUUCGGGAUGGUGUUGGCUUCUAUGUAGUCAGUCUUAUUGCUUUGGAACUCUCCGACAAUUUGAACCCGGAAUGGGCGCUAAGAAGGCUUGUCUGUUUAUGAUAUCCAAUAACAUGUUAGCAUAUGAGCAUUCUCUGGACCUGAGCGAGCGAGGGGUAUUCAUAAGGCUAACAAAACAUUUGCAUGAACUAUGCGCCGUUCCAUGCAUGAUGAGGCACCCGAAUAAACCCCCUCGGUGAGGUGGCAUAAG